CAUGACAUGAUUAGACAAUUCGAAUGGAUUUUUCGUUCAAAUGAGUUUAAAUUACCGGCGACAGUGAUAACAGUUGAUAAUUUUUUACGAGGUAGACUUAUAAAGCAUAUUUACAAGUCAUUAGGUCUAUAUUGAAACCCAAGUUAUAAAAUGGUUUAUUCUAAUAAGGACUUUCCUGCGUUAAAAAACGAUAGAUUGUUAAGAGCAGCUACAGGCAAGGAAGUAGAUAAAGUACCGGUAUGGGUUAUGCGUCAGGCUGGUCGCUAUCUGCCGGAGUUCCAGGCAGUUAGAGCGCAACAUGACUUCUUUACUGUUUGUCGAACUCCUGAACUGGCUUGUGAAGUUACACUUCAACCUUUAAGACGUUAUGAACAUUUGGAUGCCUCAAUCAUAUUUAGCGACAUCCUUGUUAUCCCUCAAGCUCUUGGUAUGACUGUGGAAAUGCAUCCAGGUGUGGGUCCAGUGUUUCCGACUCCCUUACAAAGUCCCAGUGAAAUAGAUCAAUUGCAGGAGGAUGGGGCUGUCUCCAGAUUAACCUAUGUCGGGGAUGCAAUAACAUUAACAAGACACAAAAUAGAAGGCAAGGUGCCUUUGAUUGGAUUUACUGGAGCUCCUUUCACACUAAUGGGAUACAUGAUAGAGGGUGGUGGAAGUAAAACAAUGUCUAAGACCAAAGAAUGGCUUGAAAAGUACCCAAAGGAUGUCCACAAACUGCUCAGUUUGCUGACAAGAGUUAUAAUUGAUUACUUAGUUAUGCAGGUAGAAAGUGGAGCACAACUACUACAAGUAUUUGAAUCAAGUGCGGAUCAUCUUACAAAGGAACAGUUUGCAGAAAUAUCAGCUCCAUACUUAAAGGAUAUAAGAACUGGGGUUCAACAAAAACUUGAACAGAAAAAAUUGGAACAAGUUCCUAUGACAGUGUUUGCAAAAGGCGGAGGUCAUUCCUUAGAUGUGCAAGCAACAUUAGGAUAUGAAACGAUUGGAUUAGACUGGACGGUGGACCCGGUGGAAGCCAGAAAAAUUGUUGGUGACAAUAUUACACUGCAAGGAAAUCUGGAUCCGCAGGAUUUAUACAAGACACCAGAAGAAAUUAAGCAGAUGACCAUAGAUAUGGUGCAAAAGUUUGGCAAACACAGGUAUAUUGCUAAUUUAGGGCACGGGAUAACACCGCAGACCCCGUUGGAGAGUAUGACAGCAUUUACUGAGGCCGUUCAUGAGGCACUUUAAUGCAUGAAAUUUCAAAUAAAAUGUAUGUUUGGAUAUGGGAUGGGAAUAUG